CUCUUUUCCAAAUUUUUAUUUUUAUUUUUUGUUUUGUUUGCAAGACAAAACCUUACGCCAAAUGUCUUUCCUUAGAAACCUUGUUUCGACCAUCCCAAGAUUCGCACGGGUUGGCCCUCCCACUAUCCAGCGUUGUCUGAGAACACCCUUUGCCUACCAGCGCUCUGUCCUACCAAGCAAAUUCUACCAUCAUGGCAGUCCGGGUGCACACUCUCGCAUCGCCGUUGUAGGCACCGGCAAUGUGGGUGCCUCAAUUGCAUAUGCACUAGUCCUCAAAGACGUAGCAAAUGAAAUCUUACUAGUCGAUGCCAAUCGAUCAUUAGCAAAAGGACAAAGACUGGAUCUUGAUGAUGCUAGUCUGUUCUCAGCAACCCAUGUGAAAGAUGUGACUCUUCAGGAAGCAGGAAAAGCAGAUGUGAUUGUUAUCACAGCAGGAGCAAGGCAAAAGGAAAAUGAAUCCCGUGCAGAUUUAAUUGAUCGAAACUACCAAGUAUUAGAGUCUAUCAUCAGUGCAAUGCAACCUAUCCAGAAGGACGCUAUUAUGCUACUGGUAGCAAAUCCUGUGGAUGUCCUCACAUACUUUGCCCAAGAAUUAUCAGGUCUACCACGUAAUCAAGUUAUAGGAAGUGGAACAUAUCUAGAUAGUUCUCGUCUCAGAGGCUUCUUAUCCGAAGUAUUAGAAGUUAAUAAUGAGUCUAUUCAUUCGCCUGUACUGGGUGAACACGGAGAUUCUCAGUUUAUCUCUUGGAACACAGCUAAUAUUGCUGGACAGCCUAUUCUGUCCUUUCCACGGGUAGCUAAUCUCGAUAAAGAGCUGGUGCGAGAAAAGAUCGCAGGCAAGGCUAUGGAUAUUAUCAAGCUCAAAGGAUCGACUUAUUUUGGAAUCGCGACAUGCACUGCCUCAUUGUGCGAAACGAUCAUCAAGAAUCGAAGGGACAUUCGACCAUUGUCAGUGUAUGUAGACAGAUUAGGUGCAGUAAUGUCAAUGCCAGCAAAGUUGGGCUGGUAUGGUGUAGAAGAGAUUUAUGAAUUAAAUGGAGAUCCAGGAGAGGAGCAGAAACUGGUAGACAUUGCACAGGAAUUCAAAAAGACCUGUAAAAAAUACGAGCAUCCCAAUAGAACUGAAUAAAAGGGUCAAUUUUACCUGAAC